UUGGAUUAUUACUGGCUGGAUCCUGCCACGUGGCACAGCAGGGAGACGUCCCCUAUUAGUUCGCAUCCUGUAACGUGGCAGCCUUCCAAAGAGGGAGAUCGCUUAAUUGGGCGUGUUAUUCUUAACAAGAGAACAACCAUGCCUAAAGAAUCAGGUGCAUUACUGGGGCUAAAAGUUGUUGGAGGAAAAAUGACAGAAUUAGGACGACUCGGUGCCUUCAUUACCAAAGUGAAGAAAGGUAGCUUGGCUGAUGUGGUGGGGCAUCUCAGAGCAGGGGAUGAAGUUCUAGAAUGGAAUGGUAAACCCUUGCCUGGAGCUACAAAUGAAGAAGUUUACAACAUUAUUUUAGAAUCUAAAUCAGAACCUCAAGUUGAAAUCAUUGUUUCAAGGCCUAUUGGUGAUAUUCCACGGAUUCCCGAGACUUCCCACCCCCCACUAGAGUCUAGUUCAAGUUCUUUUGAAUCUCAGAAGAUGGAAAGGCCUUCUAUUUCUGUUAUAUCUCCAACUAGCCCUGGAGCCCUACGGGAUGCACCUCAGGUCCUACCAGGGCAGCUUUCUGUUAAACUCUGGUAUGACAAAGUGGGACAUCAGUUAAUAGUAAAUGUUCUACAGGCAACAGAUUUGCCACCAAGAGUAGAUGGACGCCCCAGAAAUCCCUAUGUAAAAAUGUAUUUUCUUCCAGACAGAAGUGAUAAAAGUAAAAGAAGGACCAAAACAGUAAAGAAAAGUCUAGAGCCAAAAUGGAAUCAAACUUUUCUCUACUCACACGUACAUCGUAGAGAUUUUAGAGAACGAAUGCUUGAAAUUACUGUAUGGGAUCAGCCAAGAGUACAAGAAGAAGAGAGUGAAUUUCUUGGAGAGAUUCUUAUAGAGCUGGAGACAGCACUUUUAGAUGAUGAACCACAUUGGUAUAAGCUACAGACACAUGAUGAAUCUUCACUACCUCUGCCUCAGCCAUCACCAUUCAUGCCAAGAAGACAUGUUCAUGGUGGAGAAAGCACUAGCAAAAAAUUACAAAGAUCUCGGCCAAUCAGUGAUAGUGACAUCUCAGAUUUUGAUGUUGAUGAUGGUAUUGGAGUUGUUCCUCCAGGUUAUAGGUCUAGCACUAGAGAAAGUAAAUCCACAACAUUAACUGUGCCAGAACAGCAAAGAACAACAACACAUCAUCGUUCACGUUCUGUGUCUCCUCACCGUGGUGACGAUCAGGGCAGGCCCCGUUCACGUUUACCAAAUGUGCCAUUACAGAGGAGUUUAGAUGAAAUUCAUCAAAUGAGAAGAUCACGUUCUCCAACUAGACACCAUGAUGCCUCGAGAACUCCAGUUGAUUACGGAUCCAGAGAGAUGGAUAGUCAGUAUUUAUCUGAUCAAGAAAGUGAGCUUCUUAUGCUGCCCAGAGCAAAGCGAGGAAGAAGUGCAGAGUGCCUACAUACCAUCAGAAGUUCUGUUAGGCACUAUAAAACAUUACCACCCAAGAUGCCUUUACUAGAAAAUGGUACUCAUUGGAACCUGUACAGCUCAACUCUUCCUGCAUGUGCUAAGACCAAAUCCGUGAUUAGACAGGAUAUUUCACUCCUUCAUGAUUGCCUUAAUUCACGAGUAUUGAAAUUUGGAGAUGACCUACUGGUUAGUGAACUGCAGCCCUCCCUUGACAGGGCUAGGAGUGCUAGUACCAACUGCUUGAGACCAGAUACUAGUUUGCAUUCACCAGAACGAGAAAGGCAGUCCAGAAAAGUGGAAAGAUAUAGCAGCCAAAAACAAACUAGGAAAGGCCCCGCAGCUGAAACAGAAAGAACACAUCAACAAGGAAGUCCCACGCAGUCGCCUCCUGCAGACACCUCCUUCAGCAGUCGUAGGGGAAGACAGCUACCACAAGUUCCCAUAAGAAGUGGCAGUAUAGAGCAAGCAAGCUUAGUAGUGGAGGAGCGAACGAGACAGAUGAAAAUGAAAGUGCACCGUUAUAAUCAGACAUCAGGGUCUGGUUCUAGCCAAGAACAUGAGCGUGAGCAAUAUACCAAGUAUAACAUACAAACAGAUCAGUACAGAAGUUGUGAUAACGUCUCUGCCAAAUCAUCAGAUAGUGAUGUCAGUGAUGUGUCAGCCAUUUCCCGAACCAGCAGUGCCUCUCGCCUCAGCAGCACAAGUUUCAUGUCAGAGCAAUCUGAGCGCCCUCGGGGCAGGAUCAGUACAUUUACUCCUAAAAUGCAAAGCAGACGAAUGGGGACUUCAGGGAGAAUCACUAAGAGCACAAGUGUGAGCGGAGAGAUGUAUAAGCUGGAGCACAUUGACGGGAGUCAGUCGGACACGGCUGUCGGCAUGGUUGGAACAGGUGGGAAGAAAAGGCGUUCCAGCUUUAGUGCCAAAGUGGUUGCCAUAGUAUCUCGAAGAAGCAGAAGCACAUCUCAACUUAGUCAAACAGAGGCUGGCAGCAAGAAGCUAAAGAGCACGAUACAGAGAAGCACAGAAACAGGAAUGGCAGCAGAGAUGAGAAGUCGUAUGGUUCGACAGCCAAGUCGAGAGUCCACUGAUGGCAGCAUAAAUAGCUAUAGCUCCGAGGGCAACUUAAUAUUUCCUGGAGUACGGCUGAGUGCUGACAGUCAGUUCAGUGAUUUCCUUGAUGGAUUGGGACCUGCACAGUUAGUAGGCCGACAAACACUAGCAACCCCUGCCAUGGGUGACAUCCAGAUUGGAAUGGUGGAUAAAAAGGGCCAGUUAGAAGUAGAAGUCAUUAGAGCCCGUGGCCUCACACAAAAACCUGGCUCCAAAUCUACCCCAGCUCCAUAUGUCAAAGUGUAUUUACUGGGAAAUGGAGCAUGUAUAGCUAAGAAGAAGACAAGAAUUGCAAGGAAGACGCUUGAUCCUCUGUACCAACAGACACUGGUUUUUGAGGAAAGUCCACAGGGUAAAGUUCUUCAGGUAAUAGUUUGGGGAGACUAUGGCCGAAUGGACCACAAAUGCUUCAUGGGAGUUGCCCAGAUCCUUCUGGAGGAACUGGAUCUGUCCAGUGUGGUAAUAGGCUGGUAUAAAUUAUUUCCACCUUCAUCGCUAGUGGAUCCAACAUUGACUCCCCUGACACGUAGGGCUUCCCAGUCAUCUCUGGAAAGUUCAACUGGGCCUCCCUGCAUUAGAUCAUAG